AUGCGUAUUUUGCAACCUCCAGCCAUUGACCAGUUGCCAGAUAAGUUCAACCAAUCUGUGCUUAAUCCAAGUGGGGGCCAUGAUUUGACAAAGAACUCAGAAAAGAGUUACCAUACAACAACCAGUGCUGGACCUGACGGCACAGAAAACGAGGUAGAUAUCAACCUUACCUCGUUGGACUACACUGGUUCCUUUAACAUUCCUCCUACUGCCAAGGCUGUGAUUCUUUAUAUGAACAAGAACAACGAUGGAUCUCAGGAGUACGUUUUUGAACCUCUGAGCUUUGGAUUGGUGCCAAACUACGAGAAACCUAAGGAUCCAGCUCCAGUGAAGAGAGGUGAUAAGCACGGUCCUGCUUACUCGAGAGAACUCCAGAACGAGCAGCUGAAACGGUUCAAUUGCCGUAAAGAGACGCUUUCUAAUAACAGGUCCGUGUGGACAGAGCCUCGUAAGAACCUGCGCUGUGUGGUGCCUAUCAAUGGAUACUACGAAUGGCAGAAGACGAAGAAAGAGAAACCAGCGUACUACUUGACGCUGAAGGACCGUCCGCUUUUGUACCUCGCUGGUCUUUACGCUCAUAAUUAUAAUUAUAACGAUACUGAGAUUGUGAAAGAGGGCCAGGAGUUCAUUUCUUCGUUUACUAUUGUCACUGGACCUGCUGAAGGAAAGGGAGCUAGUGAUCUCCUGUGGCUUCACGAAAGGAAGCCUAUUUUGCUUGAGCCAAACACAAAGGAGUGGUUUGACUGGCUUACUCCUACUCACGAAUGGGACCCUAAGCUCUUGGAUACAUCCUUGGAUCAUGAGAAUAAUAUCGCUUACAAUGAUACUACGACCCAUGAGGUGGAUAAGGCCAUCGGGAACCCCGCUGUGGAUGGUCCAGAUAAUAUCAAGCCGGUUAAAAAGAAUCAGAGAGGCAUUGGGCUGUUUUUCAAGCCUGAUAAUGGUAAUGGAGGAGUCAAGAAGGAGCCCAAGACUGAACCCAAAGAAGAGCCAAAGGAGGAGCACGAAAGCUCUGCCAAGCAGGAACCAAAAGAAGAGCCUCAAGAUGGGCCGAGCAAAGAGCCAAAAGCGGAAGUUAGCAAGCCUAAACAGGAAUCGCAACCAGACGAGGAGAAGCUUCAGCCCGAGGAAUUGGAUGAAGACGAUGAUGUUCCAGAAGAUGGCGUUAACGAUGUGGAUGAUAUUGAAGACGAUGAGGCGUUUGACGAAGAGGACGCAGAUGAUGCAGAAGUUGCAGAUGAAGAUGAAGACGAGGCUGCAAUUAACGAGGAAGUCGACAACGACGCCGAGGACGUUCCUGAUGUGAAGGACGAGGUCGAAGACAUUGACGAUGAAGGAGACGAUAUCGAAGAUGAAGACGUGCAAGCCGAGGCAGAGGAGCUUGGCGUCGAAGAAGAAGAAGACGAUGACGCUCAGACUGGUUCUAAGCGUGGUAAGAGUGGCCCUGCCAGCAGAACGAAGCGUGGAAAGCGCUAA